AUGGCAGCCACCGUUGCGAGAAGACUCUCUAGCCACCGCAAUUCCCGUCUCUAUGGCCUCCGUCGUGUUCUGUUUCCAUCGCGGAGAAACUUCCCAGAAUGCAUCGCGGUGGUCCCCGGUUCUCACUAAGAUGGCGACUCCCAUGCACCGACUUAUCGCCAGGAGGCAGGCGGAAGCAAAUAAACAACAUGUAAGAUGUCAGAAAUGUUUAGAAUUUGGACAUUGGACAUAUGAAUGUACAGGAAAAAGAAAAUAUUUGCAUAGACCUUCAAGAACAGCAGAACUUAAGAAAGCUUUAAAAGAAAAAGAAAAUAGAUUCUUACUACAACAAAGCAUUGGAGAAACUAAUACAGAAAAAAAGACCAAGAAAAAAAGGUCUAAAAGUGUUACCAGUUCCAGCAGCAGUAGCAGUGAGAGUUCAGCCAGUGAUUCUUCAUCAGAGAGUGAAGAUUCCUCUUCCUCUUCUUCCUCUGAUGAUAGUGAUACUGAGGAAAGCUCUUCUACUUCAUCAUCAUCACACUCCUCAACUAGUUCUUCCUCUUCUUCUGAUUCUGAGUCAGAUUCCAGCUCUUCCUCUAGCACCAGCUCUAGCACAGAUAGCAGCUCUGAUGAUGAACCACCAAAGAAGAAGAAAAAGAAAUAGAAUUGCUUUAAGUAUUUCUGAUCAUUUAGGACUGAUGAAUUAAAAAAUGCUAAUGUAUUUCUCAAAAGAGGAGUUGGAAUAUGUUGUGGCCAAAUAGAUUAACUUGUCAAAAUUUCUAUAAUUCAAAAGCUUUCUAAAUGUUUCACAUUUUAAGGGCAUAAAGGUUAUUAAAUAACAAAGUAUGUAUGUAAAAAGUAUUUUUAUUUUAAAAAAGAAUUUUGUUUUUGUUUUGUUUUUGGUUUUUUUUUUUUUUUUUGAAUCUUAAAAACAUAUCUUUAAAAUUUGAUCAAAGCUGAAAUCUAGUAAAUCUGGUUUUUAUGUAAUGAAACGUGCAAAUUUUUUCUUUGUGAAUAAAUGCCAUAACUUGUUUAUAUGUUGAUAUUGUAUAUGCUAACACUGGUUUCACUUGUUCUCAGAAUAAUCCUGUAAAAUAAUUGGGAACAAUGAAUUUCUAAUGGUUUUGGCUAAAUAUGACUGUAUUAAUUAGAUUGAAUACAGUGUUACUACUAUGAAGGUAUCAUCCCAUUGUUACAGUGUUAUAUUUCUAAGUUUAUUCUUGGAGGGUUUGUUAUUUCUGUGAUUUUUUUUUUUUAACCUAAUGUCAGAAAUGAAAUAUAUUAAGAUCUGUACUAAUCUAGUAGGUAUUUUUAUUUGUGGGCAACAAUUUUCAACUUGCUAGGAUUUCUGUUUUAUUCUGGUUCCCUAAAUGCUCAGAGCCAUACUAUUUUGGAGAUAGAAUUCUGAUAGGAAAACAAUCAUCUUGAAUAAAGUAAAGGGAGAAGAAAAAGGAAACUGAAAUUAUUUAGUGUAAAUCUUGGUGCCUUUUGAUAAAAACAUAUGAUACUAGAAACAACUGGCUGCAUGAAAAAAAUUUUUUUUAUUUAGGCACUUAAAUGAAUACACACACACAUAUGUAAUCUGAAUAUAUUCAUUGGGUGAGAGAGAGUGUUUGUAUGUACGUACACUAAACUUGAAAUAAGAUGCUAACGGAGUUACCAUUCCAGAAGAAUGACAGAUGGGAGGGAAAGGGGUGAUGAAUGGAUGAAAUAGAGGAUUUUUUAUUUUUUUUUUACAAAGUUGAAACAAAAAAGUUGCCUUUUAAUUUCAAAGUACACAAAAGGAAGAUUCUUUCCCUUUACUAUUUUUGCAAUAAUGUGUUGUUGCACAAUUCCCAAGGUACUGACAUUAUAAUUAUAAUAAGAGCGUAUUUUGGAUACCUCCAAUAUGUUUACAAAAACAGAAUGUGCACAUUGAAAUCCAGCAUGAAAGAUGCAGGUUAAAAAUAAAAUAUUAUAGAAUUAUACUUCUUACUAGAUAACAAUUUGUUGUGAUGAGUUUAAUCACUUGACAGUCAUUUAUCCUGUGAUGUAAUGUUUUAAGUUGAUUAUUGAUGGUAUUCCCUUUUUUUUCAGGGUGGGGUUUUUCCAACAUUUGUGGGGGAAAUUUCAAAUAUCCUGAUUUUUGUUUCAAUAUAAUGUAAACUAUGGAUAUUAAACUAUUUUUCUAUUUUUAUGAGAAAGUAGUAUAGAGUUACUUUUAAAUAAAAUGUGCAUCUAUUUAAAUGUUGAAAAAAUAAGUAUCUUGUCAGUCUUAACAAGUCUGUAAUUAUUUGUAUGUUUUACAGAAUCACUUGUAAAGAUUGUAAAUAAAUUACUAGAACAUUA